AUGUCUACAGAAAUCGUCGCAAAGAAAGUGCUUGCCGAACUAGUCAAAAAAUCUGGUUGCACCUACACGUCCGAAAAUAUAGUGACCAUAUUUCAUAACCGCGAUGGCAAAUACAGCAGCAAGCGACUGGCGACACUCUUGGCACAACUGUUCAAACCCAUUCCCAACGGGACCAAGUACGUGGAGAUGUAUGCAUCUGCUAAUUUGAAAGAAUCAUAUCCCGCGCUGGUAUUGGUGCUAAAUCGCUUUGCAAGCGAUUUAAAAACAGCACAUGCUGAAAAGACGGCCGCUGCACAGCAACAGCAAGAACAGUCGGUACAGCAACGGUCCGAUACGGCAGGGCCGGCACAGGUUAGCUCAGAACCGGUCCACAAGCGUGUGUCGCUGUUCGAAAGUCCUCCCCUAUCCUCGACCCGCAUCGCACCCGAACCGGUAACGCCAGAAAAUGUGCAGGAAAUUAAGGAAAAGCUCGUACAGGCUACAUCGGGUGCCGCCAUCAAUCGUUUAUCAUCCUCGACGUCGCUUCCGCCAGGCAGCAUCAUUACCACCCAUCACCAUAACUAUCCUUCACUCAGUCGACCGUGCUUCGAAUUUUCGCACCGGAAGCCCCCCAUUGUGGCGUGGAAUUUCAACUACGAGGAGUUGUAUCCUUUGCAGAGCAAAGCGAACGUGGCAGCCAUUCCGGUCGCAUCGCAAGAACCGAUCGUGCUGAAGGAAGUGCUGAACUGUUUGAUCGGCGUGAAAGGUACGCUUAUUAUGCCGAAGAAAAGUACCUCCACGGUUGAUCCGGACGGUUCGCUACCGGUGGAGUUUCAGCUCUCGAACCAGCUUACCGACUCGUGCCGUGAUAUGGUCGUGGAAGUGUUGCCCCUGGCAGCUAACUACUCCUGCGUGCAGUCGUUCAUCGAAGGUUCGAGCAUUCUUGAGGGUGGUGUAGUAUUGCACGCGCUUCGCUCGGUGCUGAAAACGAUCAUGACGGAUUACUAUCUCUCGAUCGCACAGCUGGACGAUCUGCGCUGUCGCCGCGGGCUCAGCAUGCAACGGUUGAUUCAGUUCCUGAAGCCCGUCUUUCCUACGAUGGAAGAGUUGGCGGCAACGGUGUCGGAAAUUCGGCGCAACAAUAGCCGGGGCGGACAGGUACUUUCACUGCUGCACGAUCGAAUUACGGCCAAGAGUGGAACGAACCAUGCGCAGAAGGUGCUCGUGCAUUUGAUCGAAUCGGCCGCCGUUCCAUUCAUGGAAAUGUUGCAGCUGUGGAUCUAUCGCGGUGUCAUAAAUGAUCCACAACAAGAGUUCUUCAUAGACCACAGCUCGAUGGAGUUGACCGAGAACGAGCUGGUCGAUUACUGGGAGAAGCAGUACACUAUUCGCAACGAAAAGGUACCAUGCUUUUUGUCCAAGUAUGCGGACAUCAUUCUUCGCACCGGGAAGUACCUGAAUGUGGUGCGCGUCUGUGGUGGUGCGGAUUUUCAACCCGGCCAUACCAACGGCACCGAUGACGUUAAUUCCUCGGCCACCAAGAACAAGGGCUCGGUUACGCCGGGCAAGCAGCUGGAGUACAAACAUUUCGAUCAGUCGUACAUCGACGUGAUUGAGGAAGCGUACAACUUUGCCUCCUCGUCGCUGUUGAAUCUCAUCAUGAACAAGUACGAUCUGAUGGGCCGGUUGCUGUCGGUUAAACGCUACUUUCUGCUACAUCAGGGUGAUUUUAUCACCGAGUUUAUGGACGCAGUUGAGGAAGACUUGCGCAAAAACGUUGACACGCUGCAUCCGAUCCGGCUGGCCAAUUUGCUCGAUGUAGCGCUGGGGCUUUCCUCGGCCAAACAUGACGUGUACAAUGAGGAUCUGAAAACGAUGCUACUGCCGUACGGUAUUGUGACGCAGAUUUCGAAAAUUGUCAACAAUGAAGAUGCGUUUGUGGACACGCUGAGCGACACGUCCCAGUUGAAGGGUAUCGAGUGCUUUACCUUCACGUACAAGGCCAAGUGGCCGGUUUCGAUCGUGCUAAACCUGUGGACUAUUUCAAAGUACCAAAUGAUCUUCCGGCAACUGUUCUAUCUGAAGUACGUCGAGCGCAUCCUGUGCCGGGUGUGGAUCGCGAACAAUCAGACGCGCCAGUUCGCACCGAACCCGGCCAAACUGUAUCGGUCGGCGUUUACGCUGCGCCAGAAGAUGUUAAUCGCGAUCCAGAGCUUCGAGUCGUACAUGAUGAUCGAGGUGAUCGAGCCCAAUUGGCACAUUUUCUAUCAGAACAUGAAGCAGGUUAAAAAUAUUGAUGACGUGUUGAACUAUCAUCAGGAUUUUCUAGACCAGUGUCUGAAGAACUGUAUGCUGACUGUGCCAGAUUUACUAAAACCGAUCAUUAAUCUAUGCAAUAUAUGCAUCAAAUUUUGCGACUUCCUAGCGGAAUCACAGCGCCAUUUUGUCGAUGCAGAACUAACAUGCAUGCUCGCAACAGGCGAUGAUUGCUCGCUAUCUUCCGAGUCCGAUUACGAACAGAGCGCAACUACAAUGGCCCCAACGGAAUCGUUCUCGGAGCGGGUGGAACAAUUUCGUCACGAUUUCACUGACCAAUUGAUGAUGUUGCUUCGAAAAAUCGCCGAUGUCGCCACGCUAAGCACAUCGGAACGUUUUAUCAAUCUCAUAUACAGAAUCAACUUCAACUCGUACUAUAGCGAAACGAACGAAAACUGA